AAAAGAAAGCGUCCGACUGUCCCGCACACAUUCAGGCUGUCACAAUGAUUACAAGCCCGGUCCAAAACGUCCAAUUUGUGUCUUGAAGGCCGAACGUGCCAGGACGCAGCGCGAGAAUCCGAAGAUUAGCAGAUUCCUCACGUGCGCGCCACCUGUCGUCGCGCGCCUCAUACCGACCGAGCGGCAAGAAGUGCUUAUGUAGCGCCACGUUAGCUUCUCUUCUACUUGUCGCGGCGCCGUCGUCGUCGGCAGUGUCCCGGAAAGGCCUCGGGUGCGCUUGAAAUCGGGUGUAAAAAGAAGACGACGCCAGCGCGUGUGGAGUCAAUUGUGGCUGCAAUCGACCCGCGCGAUGACGUCACAAUAGGUCCGAUCGGAUGUGGGGAGUGUUCAUCCAUCAUCCAAACGUUAAGCGUUUUGAAUUCUCGUCUGUAUUCACAAUCAGUAUUGCGUAUAACAAUUAUUUGGAUAAAAAGUGAAGAAGAACACAAAGACAUAGUUUUGGUGCAGUGUAUUCGUGUGGAUGCUCGUCUCUCAGCGUUCCCGUUCCAAGCCGACACUGACAAACAAGCAGUAAAAUCAAAAAGAAGAAGAAGAAGAAAAAAAGCCCUCCCACUUUUUGUCAUGGCUUUUAAUGCCACUUCCUCCCAUUGGUCCAAGCCUUCAGGGGCUCUCGGCCAAUCGAGGUUGCCCUCCGCUGUGCGCGCGCGCGCGUGUUAAUGAAUACCUGUUGCGCCUUUGUGACGCCGGUCCCGGUUUAAAACCUGGCCCGAGUCCUGGUGCGAGGCAGUUUGUGUCAGACGUAUACGCACACUUGGCGUUCCCCAAGAGUCCCUCUCGGACCCACAUUGAGACUUGUCGGCAACCGCAGUACUUCUGAGCCAAGUCAUGGCUUCCCCGAAGAGGACCGGCCCCUUCGCCGUGCUGGUCGCCGCCUCGCUGGCCGCCGCCGCCGCGGUCGUCAUGCUGCUGCCCGCAGACGCGUCGGCGGGGCCCGUCGACCGCCGCAGAGACGGGGGGGCCAGCGUCCGGGAGGGGGCGGCGGCGGAGGAGGCCCGGCGGGGGCCCAGCCGCGGCCGCAGGAACAUCAGCUGGUACAAGCAGCACUCGGACUUCUGGAACUGGUACAAGUACUUCACCGACAACGGCAACCAGGAGGCGGUUCAGGAGCUGGACCGCAUCUACCUGGCCUACCUGCAGAACAAGAACCGCGCCGAAGGCCGGCGCUCGUACAAGGCCUACCUGCGCCACCUGGGGGAGAUCUACAAGUCGUGCGCCGACUCGGACGACCCCGACUGCGUGGCGUCGUACACCGGCAGGCCCAAGCCGGAGCCGCUCAAAACCUGCGACCCCACCAAGGACGCCUCCUGCCUGUACGCCGCCCUGGUGGCCGGGAAGAGUCCCUACCUGCCGCUGGUGCUGCCGGCGCCGGCUAAGGCCCCCGCCCCGCUUUUUGCGCGCUCCGCCACCUCAGCUAAAGAUCCUCAGUCGGGUUACCACUAUUACGCGCCGUCGUCAACGUCGUUCCUCUCCAAGGAGCAGAAGGCCGAGCUGCUGCGCGUCUGCGCGGCCGAGGACGUCGAGUGUUUGCAGUACCACCUGAGGGCCGCCUACGGUUACCCGCACGCCGCCCACCUGGGCUGCGACCCCCGGACCGACCCCGCCUGCAAGCCUCAGCUGGGGCAGAAGGCCCCCUCUGGCCUGUACCUGAAGUACCCUCACUGCGACCCGCUCAGGGACCCGUACUGCGCCUACGCCGCCUCCCAAGUGGCCCCCCGAGCCCCCAACUGUAACCCCCUCUUUGAGGAGGGCUGCAACCCCCUGACUGCCACCAAAUACGCCGCACCCCCAGAGUCGUACAAAGGGGGCGAAAGCGAGGAGGGGGCCGCCCUUCGCGCCCCCGCUCCCGCCGCAGACCACUACAACGAUCCCUACGGCAUGUACAGAGAUGCUAACGCUCAUGCUAACAGAGUCGCCGACCCUUACGCCGCGUACCACCAGGCUAGCGCCCCGGUCGCCCCACCCGCCGCCGCCGCCGACCCUUACGCCGCGUACCGCCAGGCUGGCGCCCCCGUCGCGCCACCCGCCGCCGCCGACCCUCACGCCACGUACCGCCAGGCUGGCGCCGCCAACGACCCGUACGCGAUGUUGCGCCGCUUCAUGGCCAACGCUCAGGGCAGCGACCCGUACGCGCCCCGCACGGAGGCCGCGCCCGAGUCCAACUCCAACGAUCCUUUCUCCGCCGCCGCGCCCCGUUACGGCCACCGCGACGCCCGGGAACACUACUCGUUCUCUCACCCCGCCUAUGAGGAGCCCGCCCGGGAGGAGCGCCACCCCCUGGGCCCUCCGGGGAAAACCAAGGAGGGCUACGACUGCUUCAUCGGCUACGACCGCGAGUGCUUCCCGGUGCAGCCGGCCGAGCCCCGGUCGGGCGCCCACCGCCGCGUCCCCUACGCCGCCGAGGCCUACGAGCCCCACCUGAACGCCGACGGCGCCCGCGACGGCGUCCUGGAACCGGCCAACCCGCACUGCGACCCCGAGUACGACCGCGACUGCCGCUUGCGCCGCGUGGAACCCGAGCAGCCGCGCCACCAGGCUAAAGCGGAGGCGGCGGACGGCGGGCGGCAGCCGGAGCAGGACCCGUACGAGGCCGAGCCCCACCAGAGCGGUCAGGAGGAGCCUCGCGUUUCCAACCAGCCGCCGCCCCCUCAGGGGAUGCCCAGCCUGCAGGACAUACUCAAGCACUUUGGCGAGCAGUUCCCGGAACAGGACGACUACCGCAAGAAAUGAGCCGCGGACGCGCGCCGACUUGCAGCUGGACUUGAAAACAAAAACAACUUCAAAGCUUCUCCCCCACCUGUGGGCCCCCUGAACGGGUCAGCAGGGAGCGCCCUGACGUCGCCUUGCCUCAGACCUCCGCCUAGCGCUGCGAUGCUCCGCUUAGCUCCGCCCCCAACUUGCCUCUGACCAUUUAUGGAUUUUUUUUUUUCCCCAUUUGAAUGUUUGAAUAAAAAGCUCUUGAAAGCC